AUGGUCUCUGAAGCCGUGACCUCUCGAUUUGAUACAGUUGCGUUGAAGGACGCCUUCUCUAGGACAAGUGGUGCCACAACGUUCUGUAGCUUAAAGGAGAAGUUCAGCUCCAGUUGGGCCUUGUACUUCUGUAUCUCACUGAUCUCUAUAGAUAUUUGCGGGCAAUCUGUUGCCAAAUGCAUAGAGAGAGAUUUGACACAUUUUCAGCAAAAGAAGAAAUUACAUAAUAAAGGGGAACACCUGAGAAUAUGCCCGCAGGGCUACACCUGCUGUACCAGCGAGAUGGAGGAGAACUUCGCAAAAAAAAGCCAAAGUGAAUUUGAAGACACAAUUAUGGAAGCCAGCCGCUCUGCCCAGGUGACCCUAACAUCUCAGUACAAAAACUUUGAUGGUUAUUUCCAGGACUUGUUGAAUAAGUCAGAGAAGGCCCUUUAUGAUACUUUUCCUGGUAUGUAUGGAGAGCUGUACAAUCAGAACAUCAAGCUCUUCAAGGACUUGUACAGCGAGCUGAGACGCUAUUACCGGGGGUCCAACAUCAACCUAGAAGAGGCCCUCAAUGAGUUCUGGACACGCCUGCUGGAGCGCCUCUUCAAGCUGAUGAAUCCACAGUACCACAUCACAGACGAGUACCUGGACUGCCUGGGGAAACACUCCGAGCAGCACAAGCCCUUUGGAGAAGUCCCGAGGGACCUGAAGUUGAAAGCGACCAGAGCCUUCAUCGCAGUGCGCUCCUAUGUCCAGGGUCUUAGCGUGGGCAGUGAGGUCAUCAAAAAGGUGUCUCAGGUGUCUCUUAGCCAUGAGUGCACUCGUGCCAUAAUGAAGCUGGUGUACUGUCCGUAUUGCCGGGGCAUGUCUAGCGUGAAGCCGUGCAACAACUACUGCCACAAUGUCAUGAAGGGCUGCCUGGCCAACCAAGCAGACCUGGACACGGAAUGGAGGAACCUGAUUGACUCAAUGAUGCUGGUAGCUGACCGGUUUGAUGGACCAUCCAAUGUAGACACUGUGAUUGGCACCAUUCACACCAGGAUUGCUGAGGCCAUUUCUAACAUGCAGGAAAACAAAGACUCUAUCACAGCCAAGGUUUUCCAAGGUUGUGGAAAUCCCAAAAUGAGCACAAAAACAUCCAGUGGAGAGGCUAAGAAAAGACGGGGGAAAGCUGUCACUGAUGAUAAAUCAUCAGGGCUUGGACUGGAGAAGCUAGUUUCCGAUGCCAAAGGGAAGCUGAGAGAGAUCAAGGAUUACUGGGUUGUCCUUCCAAGCACACUGUGCAAUGAGAAAAUAACCUCUGGCUCGACGAACGAGGACAAGUGCUGGAACGGAAUGGCCAAGGGGAGGUAUUUACCAGAGGUGAUGGGAGAUGGUUUGGCCAAUCAGAUUAAUAAUCCAGAGGUGGAGGUGGACAUCACCAAGCCAGAUAUGACCAUUCGUCAGCAAAUCAUGCAGCUGAAGAUCAUGACAAACCGGCUGCGCAAUGCUUACAAUGGGAACGACGUGGACUUCCAGGAUGCUAGUGAUGACAUCAGUGGCUCUGGGAGCGGCGAUAGCUGCCCUGAUGAAGUCUGCAGCGAAAGACUUUCCAAGAACCCCAGCACCAGGCAACCAGAAAUACAUGCUAUUCCGAACCAGUCUGGACGUGGUGUAAAGGGGGCCAGCAGCAAAUGUUUGCCUUCCUUCUUCCUAAUCUUCCUUUCGGUAGCUGUUAUUGCAACACAGUACUUGUGGCGAUAACUUACUUGCACAGCCAUGAAAGAGACUGUGGCUGAGGUCUUAACUUUGCCAAAACAAACAAAAAAAGACAAUAUAAUUCAUCUUGGCAAAAAAGAGGAAGAAAAAAGGUCUCAAUUGUUUGUGAUAUCUGGCAGUGCUAGAGCUGUCUCAUCCUUGUUUGGUCUUUUGGAAUGCUGGGCCCUUCUUUCCGUACCUCAUUUUUAUUUCAUUUUAUUUUGCCACAAGGGGAGGCUCUUUAUGGCCUCAGACGAGCCUUUGCAGAUAGGGAAAAAAAACAAGUAUCUUGAAAGGGUCACCAUUUGAUUUACUGCAGUGGAAUAUGCAGUUGACCUAAUAAGUUAUACAACUGUAGACAAAAAUGCCACUUCCCCAUUAACAUCUAAAGCAUGACCGAGGUUUUAGAACAGUGCAAAAUUAGGAUGGCCAACGGCAGAGUUAAGUUAAGGAGCUAUUUCACGGUUUUCUACUAUAUUGCUUAAGCAGGUAGAGAGAUGAUUAUCACUCAUUUGCUUUGAUAAGCAUAAGGAAUUAGUUGAAAAAGCCUCCAUCAAACUCAGUUAGCAAUGGGAUUUCUUAUCCAAGUGUUUGCAAUCAAAAUGUAAGGGUCCUUUCACUUACAGGUACAUGAGUAGUUUUGCUUCCUAAUCAGCAGAAAUUAACAAUCCUCCUACUUUGAAGGGAAUGGGAGUAAGUUUUAGAUUUUGCAUGCUAUUUGGAAAACAUUGAAGUUUGCUGUUAAUUGAUGGUCUAAUCUAAAAUUCCAAUACCGUAUCACAAUAUGCAACAUUGAGAGAAAAAUACAUAUGGCGAGAUUGGUCAUUUGAGAGAAUUGUUUCCAACAAUAGGCUGAAGCUUUUUCUUAAUGACAAAGACAAGAAUAACCUUCUACAACAGGAAGUGCUAUUUUGUGAAAUCUCACAGAUUUAUGACACCUAAAGUAAUUUAGGUUACAGUCUUGGAGUCAGUGGGUUAUUAUUUACUUCCCUGGGGGAAGGGGGAGAGAGAGAGAGAGUGUGUGUGUUUGUUUUUUGCCUAGGAAUUGACUCAGAUGUAUAAUCUGGGUUUUGGAGAUUUUUUAAAGUGAAUGCCUACUUUUCCUCCAACUCCCCCUCCAACUUCAUCACUGCAUUGACUUAAGAAAAAAACUGUCAUGUGUCUGAUCUAUAAUUACACACACAAUCAAUAGAUCAUCUGGAACUAAAACCCAGGAUGCUUCUAGAAUUUCCAGUCCUCUGUCCUAAGCAAUGGAUGCACAGCCUCCAAAUUUUAGCCAGUUAUUUUUUGUAGCUUAUUACAUGAGUGCUGGGCUUGGAUUGAACUAAAGGCUUCAUUUUUGUCAACAAACAAUAUAUAUCAGUAUACACACAUACAUCUGUUAGGGAUGUCUCUGUCUACAGAGCUGUGCACUUUGGUUCCCUAGCUGGCUUGUGUGAUACCCAGAUACAGUUACCAUCAUUUAGAAAAGUAUCUUUAGAGUAACAAUAUAGUCCUAUUGACGGUUUUUGGAAAUAGGGAACUGUGAGUUUGGGCUCUGCUGUUGUUAUUUUUGUCUCAUAGUGUGAUUUUUAUUUUUAGGGAGCAAGCAUGUCUUAUGUUUAAAAAGUUUAUUAGAUUAUCAGUCUUUUAAACACUCUUGGCUCUUUUAUUAAGGGGGAAAAUGUAUUUUGGUGCAUAACAAAAUAUUUGGCAGAAGCAGAAUUUUAUUUGUGCUGUCACUGUUUAUGGAAUGUGCAAUUUAAGGUAAGACUCUUAGGAUUAGAGAGUUAGAGGAUGUUGACAGAUGUUGCAAAAAAGCAAGUGUUCUGAAAUCAGCAUUCUCCAUGUUGAUUUAAAAUUCCUAAUUUAUUGGGCAACUACUGCUGUUUCCUGGCCUAGCCACUUAAUAGAGGCUGACAUUUCUACCACCAUAUCAAAACUCGGACUGUGUUUAGGCCAGUUAGGAGAGAUGCAGCAUCCCACAUUACACCUUGCUUUGGCACAGACUAUUUUAGAUCCGGGGGGGGAGGGGGCGAGGGUGUAUUCCCCUUAUAGCAGUAGUUCUUAAAGCUAAGCUUGCAUCAAAGGCAUGUUGCCAUUAGCCUUAAAUUAUCUGGCUCUGGAUGCAAAUUAAAUAAACAUGAUACUACUGGUCCUAUAGUCAGCUGUGGUGUGGUUUCAUUCAGGUUUGCUUUUAUGGGUCUAGUGUGGUGAUUUUAAUCCAUGUUGAACAUAAGAAAAUCAGACCAAAGGUCCAUCUAGCCCAGCAGCCUGUCUGCCGACAGCGGCCACCACCAGGUGCCUCAGAGGGGGUGGACCGAAGACAACGAUCAAGCAAUUUUUUGCCGUUGUACGUAUAAAAUAAGACUGCUCUUAUGCAGCACCUAACCCAGUUGCUGAGGGAGAAUGGAAAACAAAUGUGAAAAGGGCAUUAGAGUAGAUUUUUAAAAAAAAUAUUAAAAUAUGAGCACUACAGUAAAUAGUUUAUAACUAUUUAGGCACCCAUUGCUGUAUGCAAUGGAAGAGGGGGAAAAAAUCUCUUUAGCAUGUAUUUGCCAGCCUAGUGAAAGCACUGACACACUGUUCCCGGCCCUGGGGGAGUCCUUUCAUUAAGGGCCAUACUAUAUCCCAUAUCAAGGGAGUAUGAUUUACUUUGGAUUUGCUGCUUUGGGAGGGGAAGAGGAAAUAGGACCAUUCACUUCUGUGUUAGCAAGAUGGUGAUUCUCAGUGUUCUGAUAAGGAAAAAAUACUUGGGGUUUGUUCAUUUUCAUGUUCUUAUCUGAAUAAUUAAACACUCACAUCCCUGCAAAGUAGAGAACCAGAAAAAUGGUGUAGUGGAUUUACAGUCAUCUCUGUCUUCAAACUUGCUCUUUUGUGCCAUAAUUUGUAUGUUUUAGCUAAGAGUGGGAUCGUUAGAGGCUUUGAGACCACAGAUAUUUAUCAUUUUACAAAUGACAAACAACCUAUUGUUUUCUGGUGGGCUUGGUAGGGGAGAUAAGGUAUAACAAAUAUUCUACAUACAACUUUGCUUUAAAAAUGCAUUUCUAUCUGCAGGAUUAAGACUUAUUUCACUUAUUGGCAUUGCUGGCCAAUUAUAUAUUUCUUUCUGUUACCAAGGUACUUGUAACUAUCUUGCACUGUUUAUCUAAAGUUGAAAUAUGUUCUUUGAAUCCUUGUAUAAAUAAAAAGGCUGGAGACUUACA